AUGGAACCCUCUGGAGCUAGCACAUCGUUAGAAGCGCAGGCAAACAUUGCCUCCAAUACUCGAAGAAAACGGCGGUCAUCAAUUGGAACUGAAUUAUUAUCAGCAUUUCUGGAAAAUGAGAAAAUGGACAAAAUUGAAACACCAGAAAGAAUGACGAGACCUGUUCGUAAAACAGUGUUAGCUGCGAGAUAUCGGAUGUUGAAUACCACUAAAGAGGUUCUAAAUAGGCGAAGGAAAUUAUCGAUGGAUAUUGGAGAAAGGCCGUUAAACCUGAAAUCAUGCUUUAACAAUAAAUGUAAACUUGCUCAAAAAACCGCAAAGAAACUUGUUUCAAAAUAUCGGAGGAGUCGUUCGAUGUCGGCCACGCCGUCAGCAAAUCGUCGCAGAAGUUUGGCUCUACGCUUUCAUGAAGUGUGCACGAUACGAGUUAUCACCCCGAGAUCCGACUACAAUCCCGCCCAUUUGAAAUUGCCGACCUCCGAUGAUGAAGGAGAUUGCCCAAAUCCUCAACGACAGCGAUUAAGCACAGUGAAACUUGAUAUUACACCGACAUCGAAAGCUUAUCUGGAAUCUAUUAAGGAUAAAGAAAACGCAAACAUUCAGUUCAACGCGUCGAUGGUGUUUGGAGAUGACGGCUAUCCGGAAUCUGAUAUCGUUUCGACCGAUUCAGGACCAUCGUCGUCUGCUUCGAAACGUCGCAGAAAGCGCAAAUCGCUUGUGUUUGGUGCCGGCUCACCUUUAAAAGUUCCAGAUUUCGCGGCUUCUUUAGACGACACAAAAAUUGAAGAUGCUGCGGAAAAAGCGGAAAUAUUCCCCUUGUUCAAAUCAUCGACACCCGAGCCACAAUUAAAAGAGCCAAAAAGACGAGCGCGUCGAUCAGUAAAAAUUGAAGCCGAGAAACCGGUAGAGGAUAAAAAUGUGAAUAAAAGAAAAUCGAUUGCGAAACCUGCAAUUGAGAACACUCGUAAAACUCGUAGACGGACAUUAAUAAAGACGCCGGAAGUUAUUGAAAUUGACGACAAACCCGAAACACCGCCGCCAGCUGUUCCACAAAAGGACUGGUUCCGAGAUUGCGAUAGAUCCGACGAAGAGAAGCCUCAUUUCCCAUUCCGAUUACUCUCUGCGUCAGAAUCUAGUGAUUAUGAUAUUUUGAACGGAAUUCAAACUCCGCCAGAAUUCUCUUUUGAUCCAACAUAUAUGGAUAUUGAGCCGGCUUGGGAUGAGCUAGUUGAAGGCAAAGACGAAAUGCUAAGAGUCAUUCAAUGGCUUCGAAGGUGGAAGAAGAAAGUUCGAAGAAUAGCACAAAAAGAGCAGGAAGCUGAGCUAAAUUCGAAAAAAAAGAAAGUUAGCAGCAGCGCGAAAAAAUCUAAAAAGUAUAGGGAUGACGAUGAUGAGGACGAUGAGGAUUAUGAAGGUUCAGACGAGGAAGAGCUCGAGAACCCCUUGAUCUUGAUUGGACCAACCGGUGUAGGAAAAAGCGCAUUUAUAUCAUCGUUAGCAAAAGCAGAAAAUAUGAAAAUUGUUGGAAUGGGACCGGAAGUUGAGAGAAACGGUAUGGCAAUUCGAUCGAAACUAACUGAAGCUAUGAAGUCGCACCGGGUGAAUACCCAGCAGCCUAGUGGGUUAUUGGUGCGUUUUUUCGCCAACGAGCGAGUCGAAUAUCGCAAAAAAGACAAUGAUGGUCCGAAAAAAGAAGCGUCCAAGUGUGUUUUGGACACCGAUUUUGCGCAAUCGCUUGUCGUUUUUGAGCACGUCGACUUGCUGUUUGGAAAUUUGGAUCGGCACGCGGCGACAGCGUUGAUCGAUCUAGCCAACACAGCCGCAGUGCCUGUGGUUUGGACGUGUGAUUCGGAAUACCCGAGGAGCGCAUAUCAAGCCGAGCUCGAGAAAUCGCCGCUUCUAGUGCAUCUCCGACGACGAAAUACUAAAGUUCGGAAUUAUGUGCAGAAAAUGGUUCAAGAAUCAACCGGAAUCGAAAUUGACGAUGACAGCAUGAAUCGAUUGGCCAAAUCGGUCAACUAUGAUCUUCGAGGUCUGAUUCAGCAAGCGAAGAUAUUCGCGUUUGUUCCGGAUAAGCCUCUUCCGUUGGGUAAUCGAUAUUUGAUAAAUGCGGGCUUCGAUACGGUUUGGCAAUGCGAAACAGAGAAAUCGUUGCGAGAGACAUUGAAAGAACAGGCAGAAGCCCGAAAACUUCUUGUUGAGGAGAAUUUGAUAGCGACCUAUACAGAUAUUUACAAAAUCGCACCUGACGGGUUAAUAAGGUUCCCAAAAAUUGGAAUUGAGCGCUUGCACGACAAUGAUGAAAUAAAUCUUUGUAAGAAGAUGUCGCAAUUCAAUGAAAACUACGAAUUGGGAUACCGAUCAUUUUCGGGAAGAUUCUCGAAGAAAAGCAUGAUAACUGAUGUUCUACCGAUUUUGGAAUAUGCAGAAGAAGUUGAGAAAAAACGGAAAAUGGCUUCGAGGAGGCAUCAACAUCGUUUCACAGCUGCAAACAUAUCGGAAUAUUCACUGGAUGAUGAGGGAUUGAUGCAGGCGCUUGCCAGAAUCCGCACAUUAUCCACUUCAUAG